GACCUGUGUCUCUAUGUCGUUUGACACAUCUUUCCCGUAUUCAUUUGUUCUGUUCGUUUAUUGCCGAUCGGCAGAGCUCGAUUUAGUCCAUAUUAUACCAAAAACAUGAAAAGUCCCAAAAUAUGACCAGCGAUUUCAUUUAAUAACAGCCCGUAGUCAUAAUAAUUUCGUUCGGAUGCUGUUGGCAGAAAUAGGCUAGUAGCCGGUUGACAGCCGGAACGCCCAGCGCGAUAACUGCCACGAAACAAUUUACAUAAAUUUGUUAAGAGUUGGAUUUUGUUCGCGGCUCGUGUCGAUUUGGAUUGUUAAACAAUAAAAAAAAUUGUCUCGGCGGAAUAGAACGUACAUUCCCACAUAAUCAAGAUGCAAUUUUCUUUAACUUCCGUUUUGUCGGUCGCCUUCAUCGGAUGGGUGCUCCACUCCGUCAUAUCGUUGGUCUUCUUCGUCUCGCCUCCUGCCUGCCGACCCGGCGAGAAAUGUUACUAUUAUUUCACGAAAACUCAACCAAACCUACAAAUGGUGGGUUUCAUUUCCGACAGAGUACAGCCAGCGCAAAGAAAUGUUCACGAGGCUGUCCGAGUUGAUAAUUUUGAUCCAAAUGAAUCAUGGGAAAGAUCAUUUAACAUAACAAUACCAGAAACUACAAGAAACAAUGGAACUCUGUUUUUGCAUGCUUUUAUAUUUUACGCUGAGAAAAAGAUUCCAACAUUCCAAGCUGCUGUACAAAAUUACUACAGAAUCUAUUCAAUUUUUCCAUUGGUUCAGUACCAAGCCCCCAGCAUGAAUGUAGAUCUAUUGAAAGGGAAAAUUCCACAAGAAAAAGUAGACCCAAUCAGUCAUCUAAAACAAGAGGCAACAUUCAAUAUUGUCACUGGUAUUGACGGGCUGCCGCCACAUGGUAACUACUCCCCAGAAUUAAUACCAUUUAUAAGGCUGGGUGCGAAAAAGGAGAUACUUCCAAUAAUGGAUUUUGAUUAUUUUAGCGAUCGGCUGGAAAUAUUAACACCAGUCCCUAAAGGUGAAGCUUCAAUUAAAUUAAAAUAUUCUCCAAUCAACAUUGGAAAGUUCAGGUUAAGACUGCAAGCAAGGAUUGCUUUUGAAUCGCUGAAAGUUUACGGGUUCUCUGAUAAAGAUAUAGACCAGGUUAAAAGCGUAUUUUCUGGGACAAGUAUAUAUUUUUUUGGUUUCACCGUGUUUAUCUCUUCAAUCCAUUUCCUUCUUGAAUUCUUGGCUAUGAAAAGCGAUGUCAAUUUUUGGAACUCUAAAAAAAAUUUCGUAGGCCUCUCGGUGAAAACAGUGUGUUGGAGAGCCUUCAGCCAAAUAGCCAUCUUUUUGUAUUUGAUCGAUGAAGAAACUUCUUUGAUUGUUAUAAUACCAAUGGGAUUUAGCACUCUAAUUGAGUUUUGGAAACUUAACAAAGUAAUGCCUUUCGAUUGGAAGAGGUUAAGAUUCAAGAAAGUAAAAAGAACAGCAGAAGAGCAGAUGACAAUGGAUUUUGAUAAAGUGGGAAUGAAAUAUCUGAUGUACUUAUUAUACCCUCUUUGUGCCUCAGGAGCUGUUUAUUCGUUAUUCUUUUUGCAACAUAAGAGUUGGUAUUCAUGGAUUAUUCACAGUGUCGUCAAUGGAGUUUAUGGAUUUGGGUUUUUGUUUAUGCUUCCUCAACUAUUCAUUAAUUAUAAACUCAAAUCAGUCGCUCAUCUCCCUUGGAGGACAUUUAUGUACAAGGCUUUUAAUACAUUCAUCGAUGAUCUUUUCGCUUUUGUCAUCGACAUGCCUAUAGCCCAUCGUCUGGCAUGCUUUAGAGACGACAUUGUGUUCCUAAUAUAUCUUUAUCAGAGAUGGUUAUAUCCUGUCGACCAGACGCGAGUUGACUCUACUCUUGUAGACGAUUAAUAAAAUUUUGUGCAAUUUUUUACAUUUCAGUAUGAGUGACACUCAUAAUAAACAUUUGAUUGUGAUUCCCUUAAAAAUAAGUUAAAAUAUUUUUGUUAUUUGAAAUAAAAAUCUUUAGUAUAAUUGA